AUGGCGACCGAGCUUCAACACACCCCUACGUCUACGGAGAGGGAUAUGAUCGAAGAGAAGCCUGGAUUGACGCACACCAUGUCCUCCGGCGCGAUCUCUAUCAGCCCGGAACUUUUCGAAAAGCUCUACCUCACCCCUAAGGUCCCACAUGCCGGCGACAACAUCAAGAAGUUCGCAAACCCGACUCCGCUUGGUUUCGUUGGUUUCGUGAUCUCCACUAUGACUUUCGCCAUGGUCAUGAUGGGCUGGGGCGGUGCCAGCGGCCUCUCCCCCGUGGUCGGCAUCUUCUUCUUUGUCGGCCCGGUUCUGCUGGUCUUGACAGUCAUCUUUGAAUGGAUCAUGGGCAACUUCUUCUCGAUGAUGGUCUGCGGUCUUUUCGCAGUCUUCUGGCUCUCCUUCGGCAUGCUCCAGCUCCCGACGCUCGGCCUUGCGACGCCGUACUCGCCCAGUGGAACCAACGCCGUGGUCGGGUCAGCCUCAAAGGAGUACAACGCAGUUAUCGCCCUGUACUUGAUUGUCUGGGGAUUCGCGCUGUUCACCUUUUUCAUCUUCACUCUCAAAACGAACGUCGUGUUUGCCCUCAUCUUUUUGUUCGUGACCAUCGCCGCGUGGGUCUUGAGCGGUGCCUACUGGAAAGUCAGCACUGGAGAUUAUGUCACUGCAGGACAUUUACAGAAGGUCAGUUCAUUCUUUCCAUUCUUUCCCAAGAUUACGGUGCCGCUCUUUGCCGAGAACGCGUCUGUUUCAGCAGCUGCUAUUCGAAACCUGUCUGCAUUCUGGGGGUGUCACGGUACGCUAACCUGCCGAGAAUCAAAACAGGCUGGCGGGGCUCUACUCUUCGUGGUCGGCUGCCUGGGCUGGUAUAUGACUUUUGUCAUGAUGGCCGCAGAGAUGCGUCUCGCCAUCAAACUGCCCGUGGGUGACCUGAGCCACUUCUGGCCGAGGACGGACGUGGAAAUGGGACGGGCCGAGAAGCAGGCCUAA